AUGACAUCCGUUACCGAAGAGACGGCCCCGGCCCUGGCUGCUGCUGCCGCGGGACUUACACAGAAGAGGGUGCCAAUCCCGUCGCGGGGCGUCGACUAUCGUGGCAAGAUCGUUUUGGCUCCCAUGGUCCGUUCUGGAGAGCUUCCAUCGCGCCUACUGGCUCUCCAUUAUGGUGCCGAUCUCGUAUGGGGUCCCGAGACUAUUGACCGUGCCAUGAUCGGAACCACCCGCCGUAUCAACCCCCGAACCGGCUGCGUCGAAUGGACUCGCAUCCCGACUAACAACGUCAAGAAGGAACUGUACGACGAGUCCAUCAUCUACCGCGUCGAUCCCGUCCGUGAAGCCGGCCGACACAUUUUCCAGAUAGGCACCUCCGACCCAUCCAGAGCCGUCGAGUGCGCCAAGCUCGUCGCCGCCGAUGUUUCCGGAAUCGACGUCAACGCCGGCUGCCCCAAGCCCUUCAGCACGCACGCCGGCAUGGGCGCCGCCCUCCUGCGCACCCCCGACAAGCUCGUUUCCAUCCUCGAAGCCCUCGUCGCCGAGAUCAAGCCGGCCUUUGACAUCGGCAUCAGCGUCAAGAUCCGCCUGCUCGAGACCCCUGCCGAGACCGAAACACUCGUCCGCCGCCUUUGCGCCGCGGGCAUCACCGGCUUGACGAUCCACUGCCGCACCACGCCCAUGCGCCCGCGCGAGCGCGCCAUCCGCGGCCAGCUGCGCAUGAUCGCCGACGUCUGUCACGAAUACGGGGUGGCGUGUGUGGUGAACGGCGAUGUCGAGGGGCGGGACCAUGGUCUUGAGCUGAUGGCCGAGUACGGCACAGACGGCGCCAUGAUCGCGACCUGCGCCGAGAAGAACGGCUCGUGCUUCCGCGCCAAGGCGGACGGCGGCCUCGCGACCUGGGAGGAGGCCGUGGCCAAGUACAUGAGGUUUGCGAUGGAGGUCGAGAACAAGUUCCACAACACAAAGUUCAUGUUGACGCAGAUGGUGCCCGGCAAGAGUCCCAAGUACAAGGAGCUGACGCACUGCAAGAGCUACGGCAAGAUCAUCGAGGUGCUGGGGUUGACGGACCUCGAGGAGCUGGCGAGGAAGACGGACGAGCUCAUGAAGCUUGCUACUGUCGAUGGAAGCAGCAGCGGUAAUGAUAAGUCCAAGAUGGCCGAGACGACAGUAAAGGAGAAGAAGAAGAACGACCUCACGAAUGAUGUUGCUCAGCAGGAGAAUCUGAAGAGGAAGAGAGAGGAUGGUGAUGAGGAAGCCGAAAAGCAGCAACUCCCUCCUUCGACCAGAAUCAACGUUUCCGAGGCCGUCGAAGCCGCCGCCGUUGAGCAGCAGUCCUCGCAGCCCGUUGCUGCUGCCGUCGCGGCUUCAUAG